CGGCAAGGACAGCAACGCUGACUAGGCCACUUUUGCUACCAUUAACACCAUGAAGCUGCUUGCAGUGACUGUGCUGCUCCUUACCAUCUGUAGCCUUGAAGGGGCUGUGGUGCGGAGACAGGCAGAGGAGCCAAAUCUGCAGAGCCUGGUCUCUCAGUAUGUCCAGACUAUGACCAACUAUGGCAAGGACCUGCUGAAGGCCAAGAGCGCAGAGCUUCAAACCCAGGCCAAGACCUACUUGGAGAUGGCACAGGAGCAGCUGGUGCCCGUGGUCAAGAAGGUUGGAACCGAGCUGCUUAACUUCUUGGGCAGUUUUAUGGACCUCAAAACACAGCCUGCUGCCAAGUGAGGUGUCCUGAUCAUUGCCUUCCAUCCCUGGCUGACCCCUGGAAUCCCCACUAGAGCGCCUCUCCC